UCUCCCGCCCUCCCGUCCUUCCUCAAACUCUCUCUCUCUGCGAUAAUGGCGGCAAGGUUUUUCUUAAGCAUCUUUUUGAUGCUUCUCUUAGGAAGAGGCACAGAAGGGCUUCGCCAUCGCCGCCAUCACUUACCGAAGAGGCUCUUUGUUUUUGGUGAUUCAUACGCAGACACAGGCAACAUAUGGAAGGGGCUGGCCAGUUGCUGGAAGUCCCCCUACGGAUCCACCUUCCCCGGCAAGCCAGCCGGCAGGUUUUCCGAUGGCCGAGUUAUCACCGAUUUCGUCGCUACCUAUCUAGGAGUUCCGUCUCCGGUUCCUUACAGAUUGAGGCGUCUCGCGGGGGACCGAAGGCGAUAUGGGAUAAACUUUGCUUAUGGUGGGACUGGUGUCUUCGACACAAUUUACCCUCUGCCAAACAUGACAACGCAAAUCGACUUCUUGGAGGAGGAGAUCAAGGCAGGCACUUACCGGCCCCGGCAACUGAGGUCAUCCAUGGCUCUUAUCUCCCUCGCCGGCGACGAUUAUGUAUCCUACCUCAACUUUCACAACGGCACCGUUGCGGGCCUGAGGAGCUUCGUACGUUCAGUGGUUGACCAGAUUGAAGUGGACCUGCAACGUCUGAUCAGGCUAGGAGUAGGACGGAUAGGUGUGCUCGGUCUGGGCCCAGCAGGCUGCGUCCCGAUCAUGACUCAAAACACAUCUUACUCCUCAUGCAUGGAAGCGUUCAAUCAAGAUGCUGCCUAUCACAAUGCCCUGCUCCACAAAGCCAUCAAUGUAAUCAAUGCUCAUCCCAGCCGUCCAUCGCGCAUUGCGGUAUUCGACAUGUUCGACACGUUGCAGGCGCUGGUUCACCGCCAUAACAAAUUGAGACAAGGAAUUGAGGGUACGCUUCGGCCAUGCUGUAUUGGAACGGCCGCAGGUAGCAGCUGCGGAGACACCGAUGGGAACGGGAAACCGCUAUAUAAAGUAUGUGAUGACCCGGGAAAAGCAGUUUUCUGGGACGGCAACCACCCAACUCAGGCUACUUGGACCACAAUUUUUCAAUCCUUUCGCCCAACUCUUCAACAUUUAUUCUCUUGAAAAAUAAUCCAAAAACAUGAAGAUGAGUUGCGGGUCAGAUCUAGUGUGGUCCAAGGCAGCGGUCGGACUCGAGUUUUUUCCAUGUAACCUUGUUUAGGAUGGUAAAAGUUCUACAUUAGGAAGCUUUUCACUAAGUCUUGAGUAUCAAAUUUUGUGUUGAGCAAUUGGUAUUGUGGGUACCGUUGGGUCGUUAUUGUUGGAUCUGAAUCUGAUUUCUUAUGUACUUAAUAGAUGAGAAUAAGCUCAAUAAACACUUUUGAGACUUGAUACAGUU